AUGGACUACAUCCUAGAUGAGCCUAAGUUAACUUUUGAUGUCACUCUACCCCCUAAUGCUGUAAAGCAUGUUCAUCGGUGGUUGAAGUAUCUCCAAGGCAAAGACAUUAAAAGUAAUUUAUUCAAAGAAGUAUCCUAUGUUACGGAUAUUUGGGACUUCACAGGGCACUACAUGUACUCUGCCCUCCAUCCUAUCUUCUUCUCACAGCGAGCAUUGUACAUACUGGUGCACAAUCUCAGCAAGCCUUUGGAUGCUGCAGCUGAGCCCUGCGUGAGACAAGGGAAUGCUGGUGUGAAAUUAGAAAACUCUAACGGUGAAACCAACAUGGAGAAUUUGCUAUCAUGGCUGGCUACAGUACAUGGUGUUGCCCGGGCAACUGAUGACCCAGAUGAUGAUGCACAACAUAAGCUGCCCUACCUCUGUCCCCCAGUGUUUAUUGUUGGAACACAUGCUGACAAACCAGUUGAGGACAAGGCAGUAAUAGAGAAACAAAUACUUGAGAGAAUUUCUGGUAUGGAAUAUGGGGAGCAUGUGAUCAGACCCUUUUUCUACAUUGACAACACUAGGAGACGAAACUUGAUUAUGAAAUUUAUCCAGAAUAUUCGAAAGCUGAGAGGAAAACAUGAAACAGGUAAGAUGUUUGGUGUUUUUGCAUCAAUCCCAAGAACACUCAAUUUGUGGCCAAUUUUUCUUCUCUAACCAAAGGCUCAUUUGUUCGACAGUUGGCAAGCAUUGAGUAUACAAUAAUUAUUAUCUGACUCACAUUUAAAUGUCAUCAAGCAGUUCUGCUGUGUGUCAUUACAAUUUUAAAAGGUUGGUAGACACAUAGAAUGAUUAAGUGGGAGUGGCAAGGGAAGGAUACCACCCUGGUUAAAUAAGUUCAGGCUAAUAGUGGAAGCUAGUUUGAAUUUUUUUUCUAUUAGCUUCACUCUUCUUAGCUUUCGGCUACUUUAUGUACCAGCAUUACCAUACAGAGGCCUAUAAAUUUUUCUGGCAGAUCCAUAAAUUUCAGAGCUUGAAAUAAGGAACUAACAGAAGAUGAUUUGGGAAGUUGAAGAGCUUAUCAUCCUAGCUAUGUUGUCAGCUAUAAAAUACCUGCAAUCACACAUGUAUGAUAUAAACUAUUCUCAUUGCAAGCACAUGUUUCUGUGUUACAUUAUGCUUGGAAAUGAAUUUUUUAAACAUGCACAGCAGAGGAAGAAGGACAAGCAGAUGGAAUAGAAAAAUUGCGACAGAAAAUCCUGGAGGUGUUGAGCCAGCAGCCUUAUAUGGGGAAGAAAAUACUUGUCAGGUAAACGAAACUAACAUUUUAUUUAGCAAACCUCAUUUCGUGGACUUUGCGAUCAAUGUUUUACAUGUAUUGAAACAGUCAUGAAAAGUUCUUUGAGGAGCAGUCAGUGUUUUCAUCAUAACUGUAUAUGCAUAUAAAUGUUAUGAACACAGAAAUAUCUUACCUCCACUGGUUUGAACUUCAUCAAAAUUCUUUAAACAUUAGACUGUAGAAAUACACAGCAGUCAAUUAAGUGUUAACAAAAAAACAUCUAAUUCAUGACAUUGUGACAAUAUUGUGGUUUUAAAAAGGUGUGAAUGUUUGAUGGAUAUUUUAGAAGGCUCAGCUCUUUGAAUUGCGAUCGUUCUUGGGAAAAACAUAACCAUAUUUGAAUUUCCCUAAAGUUUCGAGAAAGCCAGACCAAGGAAAUAACUGGAAGACUGCAAAUAAGUACAUACCUGACUGAAGUUAAGAUCCAACUUUAAACCCUAGUGCAUUUUAUUAUUCUAUUGCCUUCUAGAUGGUUUUUGUUUGAAAAGGUAAUUGAAGCUUUGGUGGCUAAACAGAUUUAUCAUAGAAAUCUGCAACAACUUGAGCACUAUGCAAGGAAACACUGUUUCAUGGAAGAUGCCAAAGAGUUUGAGUGUAUGAUCUAUUUUUACCAUGACCUUGGGAUAAUAAUCAAGCACUGCAGUACAGUUGUACUGAAGGUUCAGUGGUUGAUUGAUCUGUUCAAACAGCUGAUAACCAUUCCACCUUUCAAUAGACAG